UAGAGCCAGAAUUGUAAACCUUGGGUUUUCCCACACCUCAAAUAGAUAUAGAUAUAGGGAUAUAGAUAGAUAUAACAAAUUCACCAAAUAAUAUAUAUAUAUAUAUAUAGAUAUAUAGAAGAUAUAGAUAGAUAGAUAGAUAGAUAUGAUAGAAUAGAUAACUUACAAUUUUGUCUAAAAGAAACUAAAUCACUGCUAUGUUUGAGUAGCAUAUCUUUGGUGAAUACUUGCCAGUGAAUUGGUUUCCGCUAUACUAUAUAUAUACAUAUAUAUAUAUAAGUAUACACUCUUCUAGGAUUAUAGUAUAUAUAUAAGUAUACACUCUUCUAGGAUCAGUUGUGAGGAGUUCCUUAAAUUUUCUUGCGACAUGGAGUACAGAAAGAGGGUGGAUGCGCUAGUGUUUUUCUCGUCUCUCCUCAGAUACUUUGUUGCUCAUGCACAUGGGAAGGGUCAUGUCACAGAUGAUGUCGGAGUUUCUACUCCAGCUAAAGAAGGAAUUAUGCAAGGAAACGGAGCACGAUGCGAUGUAGGGUUUCCUCCAUGCAAAGAUAACAAGUGCUACUGCUGCAUUGGGGGGCGAACUCAUGCUCGCUACUCUACGCUGGCUGAGUGUAGUCAUGCCUGCUUCUAAACAAAAAUUAAGAUCACUGUUAUUAUAUACAUUGUAAUGGUAGGUAAUGCUAUUAAUAAUAUAUGGGAAUUUUAGUUUUGGUAUUA